AUGCAGUGGGGCUUUUUCUUUGCAUGCACUGGAGCUGUUGCCUACUUCAGUAUGUAUGCCGUUACUAGUGGCAAAGAAACUAUGCAAAGGAUAUCCUCAAACUUCGGUCAGAUAGCGAUUGGGGGGGAUUUUCGCUUGCGUGAUCAAACAGGCAUGGAGGUUACUUUGGCUGAUUUCAAGGGGAAAUGGGUUCUCGUCUACUUUGGAUUCUGUCGGUGUCCUGACAUCUGCCCUGAGCAACUGGAACGUCUUAUUGAAGUUCAAGAUCGACUAGCUCUCUAUGGCAAGGAUAAGGACUUCGUACCUAUCUUCAUAACCGUGGAUCCAGAAAGAGAUACUCCUGAAGUUGUCGGAGAAUAUGUGAGGGAAUUUUCGCCAAAACUAGUCGGACUUACUGGUUCGCCAGAACAGAUUCAGGUGACUGCGAAGAGGUACCGUAUUUACUACAGCAAGGGACCACCAGAUUGUGAUGGUGACUACAUUGUGGACCACACUGUGGUGAUGUACCUCCUGAAUCCGAAGGGCGAAUUUGUGGAAUUCUAUGGCCAGGUGAAGCCAGUGCAGGAAAUCGUUCGACGAAUUAUGGAUCAUAUGAAGAAGUACAUAGGAUGA